GGCGGCGGCGGCGGUGCGACAGCGUCCGAGCGGCGGCGAGUGAGCGGGCGCGGCGCGCAGCGAGCCGCCACCGGAGGCCAUGGCGCUGCCCACGGCUAAGCCGCAGGUCAACGGCGGCCGGUUCGACUUUGACGACGGCGGCACGUACUGCGGCGGCUGGGAGGACGGCAAGGCGCACGGCCACGGCGUCUGCACUGGCCCCAAGGCGCAGGGCGAGUACUCGGGCUCGUGGCACUACGGCUUCGAGGUGUCCGGCGUCUACACCUGGCCCAGCGGCAGCACGUACGAGGGUCACUGGCAAAACGGGCGGCGCCACGGUCUGGGUGUGGAAACACGCGGCCGAUGGCUCUACCGCGGCGAGUGGACGCAGGGCUUCAAGGGCCGCUACGGCGUGCGCCAGUCGACCACCUCGUCGGCCAAAUACGAGGGCACCUGGGCCAACGGCCUGCAGGACGGCUACGGCUCCGAGACGUACGCAGACUCAGGCACAUACCAGGGCCAGUGGCAGCGCGGCUUCCGGCAUGGCUACGGCGUGCGCACGUCCUCUUCAUUUGGCGCUGCCAGCUCCUCCAAGAGCAAGGCGCACCACCAGUCGUCGGCCUCGCUGCGAAGCGAGGGAGCCGGGGAGCCGACCGCCGAGCGCGACCGGCGCAUGGCCGACACGCGCGGCGGCUUUGUGCUCAAAGCGCGCUCCGACGAGCCGCCACCGCGCCGCGGCUCGCUCGUCGAGAAGAGCACCACACUCAGGAAGAAUAUUCUACAGGGCCUGCGGCUGCGGAAACAGCGCAGCACGGGCGACCUGGAGAAGCGCGGCACCGGCAGCAGCAUCCGCUCCACCAACAGCAGCGUCUCCUGGAUGUCCACCGACUCGGCAAAGUCCAACAUGACCAACGGCAGCUUCCACACAGAGUCCAACGGCAGCUUCGUCGUGGAGGACGAGCAGCUGGACAGCAGCACCACGGAAACCUACAUGGGCGAGUGGAAAAACGACCGGCGCGUCGGUUACGGCGUCUGCGAGCGCUCCGACGGUCUCAAAUACGAGGGCGAAUGGUACAACAACAAAAAGUACGGCUACGGCGUCACCACCUUCAAGGACGGCACGCGCGAGGAGGGCAAGUACAAGAACAACGUCAUUAUCACGUCCAACAAGAAGAAGCACCUGUUCCUCAUCCGGUCGGCAAAGUUCCGUGAGAGGAUCGAGGCGGCCGUCAACGCGGCCAACCGGGCGUCCAAGAUCGCCCUUCAGAAGGCAGACAUCGCCAUUAGCAGGACGGCCACAGCGCGCGGGAAGGCGGAGCAGGCAGACAUCGCGGCCAUCCACUCCAGGGAGGACUCGGACGUCGCCCGUAUUCACGCCAAACAGUUCGCGCCCGAGUUUCAUCAGCCGGGGUCUGACGUGGUCCGCUCCCGGCUGGAGGCACGCGGCGGCGCCGCCAACAUGAACACACUCGCCCCUCCCAAGGCGCGCGACGAGAACUCGCUGCACCAGAGGUCGCGCUCGCUGUAUGUGCGGCCGCGCGGCGAGGAGCAGCCGCCGCCCAACGGCCUGCCGCCGGGCCUGAGCGCAGAGGACAGCGGGGACUCGGAGCGCGAGCUGCCGCCGAUCCCUGGUCCGGUGACCGUGCCACACCCGGCGCCGCUCUCCGUGUCACCCCUGGCGCACAUGACGCCCCCUCAUCAGACGGAAGAGAACGACCUCUCCGCCACGACGCUUGCCGAUCACCGACUCAACGGGGACGCUGCGCUCGACGGCGGCCCGUCGUCACCGGCGGCGGCGGACAGCGCCGACGGGCGGCCGCGCGGCAGGAUGCUGGCACGGGCCGGCUCUCGGCCGACGCGCGCCAGCUCGCGGGGCCCGUCGGCCGGCGGCGGCGGACAGUUCCAGGCGGCCAUGAACGAUCAUUUCGACCACUACCGGCGGCCGCCGAGCCGGGACGUGUCCGUAGACCGGUUCAGCCGAUCGGCGCGUCAGACGCCGCAGCCGGAGCCGCCGCCGGUGCGCCUGCCGCCCGACCUGGUGGCGCGCGUGCGCGGCAACUCGCGGCCGCCGCCGGGCGCGCCCGAGCCGCCCGAGCCGGAGGAGGUGCCGGUGGGCGGCCGGCGACAGACGCUGCCUAACCUGGCCGACCAGGAGGUCACCGGCGGCCUCUUCAUCCCGAACACACCCGAGGAGGCGGCCCGGCUGCUGACUCCGCCCGCCGGAGGGAGCGGCGUUAAACGCACCGAGAGUACCGUCACCGCCGGGCCGACGGCGCGCCGCGGAGCCACGCCGUCGCUGUCGUCGAGCGGCACCCUGCAGCGGAAGAAGUCGCUACCGGACGCCUCCGCACUACCAGUGAAGGCGCGUGUCAUGCCACGAGAGGAGGCCAACAUGCUGGCCGCGCACCGUCGUGAGGAUGUGCGACGCCAGGCAGCCGAGGCGGAAAUGUACCGGGCCAACCCGCUCCUCUACGUGGUCAAUCCAAAGGUCAAGGAUUGGCUGUCGCGGCAGAGGCUCAUCAUGGCCGUCAUCGUCCUCAACAUCUCCCUGGCGGUGCUGUUCAUCAAGCUACUUACGUAGCGACGCGCCCUGCAACGCCACACAUCCCGCCCGGUGCUGAUUGGCCCGCGAGCGCCUGACGUCAUCGACCCAGCGACCAAUCCGUGCCUUCCCUCUAUACGAAGCCAAGCCUUCUCGGGGACUGAAACGGAGACACUGACGAAACGAAAACGAGUGAAGCGUUUUCAUGCAGGUUCAAGGACCUCGAUACUGUGCCUUUGAACUUGUUUUUAACGCGCUAAAUUAGUGUUUAUCAGCCCAGAGUGCUACUUGUGAAUACCCCUCUUGUAUUGUUACCGCGUUCGAAUCAAAGAGGAGGAAGUGCGUGAGUGCGUGUUACAAGACUAUAGAGUGACAGUGCGAGAGUGAGAUCACUUUUGCGCCGGACUCGUUUGUUUUUUCUCCGCUUGACAUCCGGCCCCAGGUUAUGCGUCCAUUCUCGAUCAGCUCCUGAUUUUCUGCCAGUCGUCCCUGCUUAUACCGUCGUGAUGCCUCGAGACGUCUGUUUUUGCGUCCUCGCACACAUAUUACACACGUCUAUAUCUCUUCUCGAUUCGUCUCAGCACCGAGGAUCUGACCGAGUCCGGUGCUGCUGCGCCUUCUCCCUGUGAUACGAACUGGACUGACUUGCGACACCGCAGGGCAGCGGACCGGCUAAAUCACCGCUAUAGGUGGCAGCACCAGUCGGUAUAUAGGUGACGCCGUCGGCGCACGCAGCCGCCGCUAGCAAUGCUCAGUAACACUUGCGGCGCUGGUCCGACGGCCGCUCGAGCCGCUCGAGUCUGAUGACUCGGAGUCGGCAGACGCGGCCGAGUGAUAUGGGCCGCGUGCGCGUGUGCAAUCUUUUUCCCACCGCCCGCUCCGAGGAUACUGCGCCCUUACAAUAAACACGAACCCAUGACA